GAGAUGCAAAAGGAACUCAUUUUGUGGAACGACCCUAUUAAGGAAACGUAUAGGUUCUUACAGUAUCCCUACCGUCAAAUAACACAGAUUCAAUGUACAGGAGCCAUUUAGUGGCCCAGCACUUCCCCGCGCAACGCACCCACAGAACCCCAGGCCUAUCUCACUGAUGAUAGUGUUAUGGGGCUUCAGGGGCUAUUUAUAGCCAGCCCUGUGACUGUGAGUACGCUGGCCAUGCUAGGUGGAUUCCAGUGGUAUGCUCAGCUCCAGUACAACCCAACCAGCACCUGCUGCUAGAGCUAACUGCCACGCCGUCGUUUCAGCUCCCACUGGGCCUGGACCACAUAGCCCCAGGCCAAACCUCAGGAGGAGAGAAAAGAAGGUUUUGUUGGAGGAGGAUUUGACUGGAGUGGUGGUUGAUGUGUGAAGAGUUUUCUUCAGGCUGGGCUUUAGGAUCUGGUCAGAGGGCUCAGGCUGGCAUGACAUGAGGGGGGCCUCCUUCUAGUUCACAUGAAGCCUUGAACCCUGAAGAACUAUUAAGAGUGUGACUUAGAAAGUAAGACAGCAUCCUACACCGCAUUUAAGAUAGAGCACUGUGGCAGUAGAGAGAUGUCAGAAUAACCUCUCCAUGUGAUAUCAUUGACGUGGAGGAGGAGGACAAGGACAUUGGCGCCAACUGAUGACGUCAGCGAUUCGACUAGUUCCUACUGCGCUGCCCUAUGUUCACUAAGUGAUUUUGGCGAGGUGGAAGAACCAAAUGACAAACCAUGUAAGUCGCUCUGGAUAAGAGCGUCUGCUAAAUGACUUAAAUGUAAUGUAAAUGUAAAAUGUCCUGAGCCCCAACCUCUAGUCUCAGCCCCGCUAACACCACCUUUAUCUCAAGUUAGUGAUGCUGCUGUACUGCCUGAGCCCUGUAUAACCAACCUGACAGAGGAGGGAGAGAGUACAGACGGGUCAGGUGAAACAUCAGAUAAAACUUCUGCAUCCAAAAAAUGGGAUACCUUAAGGGGCACUGUCGCUGGCGCCCUCCCUGAUACUGACACCAAUGAGGGGCUCUGAUCCUCUCAACCCAGAUACACCUCCAAGACUAUUUUGAUCAGACCAAAAGUAAACCAAUACAACCAGGACAGGGGACGCGAACACUUGGGCAGAAAGCCAAAUGAGGAUUCCACAACAUAUGGUAGGAAGCAGGAAAAGGGUCCCAGUAUCUGUGGUACUGAAAGUAAACUCCUUAGCAGCCCCCCCUCCCCUCCCCCCCGGACGGUGGUCAGGAGGAUGAGGGGGAGGGGCUGAACUGCAUGGGGGCCAGCAAUAGAGAGGAGCAGACUGAGCUGUCACUCAGAGCCAGGAAUAGAAAAGCGCCUGCAAGCUGCAUCUCGACACUCAGUCGGCGAGCUGCAGUCAGGAAUCCCGGCGUGUUGUUAUUCAGAGUGUUCCCUCGCAACCGGGCAGCAACACCAACGGCAGAGACCUCCCGGAUCCCAGAGCUUGCCAACGGACAGCCAUCAAGACACCUGGAGAUUCAGUCUGCUCCCUCAGAAACGCUGUAGAAGCACCUGGCGGCUCCAAGGGGUUCUACAACACAGCGGUGAGCCAUCCACCAUGUCCACCAAGUUCUAUAAGGCAGACAGAGACCUGGCCUUCAGCAAACACUACUGCCCCCAGGCAGACUAUUUGGAUGUCUACAACUCCAGCUGUAGGUCCUUGACCCAGCCGUCUCCAGUCAGCGAUUGGUCAGAAGAUGAUAUCUCCCUCCAGCAGUCCUCGGUUGUCUCAGCUAACAUCCAAAGCACAACAGCAUGCUCAGAAACUGGCAGCUUCGAAUGCAUUGAUGUGGCUAUGGAAAACCAGGGUGAGGUGUACAGAGGGGGAACAAAAACUGUUCCCAAGAGGCAAAUCCAACUGAAGAGACGUAACACGGCGGAAUCACAAGACAGUGAUAAGGGAGAGGUGACAAAUGAAGCCCAAUGUACACCCAGUACAGCCAGCCACCGCAGGGAUGUGUUCAUGCGUCAGCACAGCACCCCAGCAACUUUCCACCAGGAGUCACAUGGGAUGGAGUCGGAGAACAAGACAGCUCAGGCCGAGCGAAAGCAGAGGCUCCAGAAGUCGAUGUCCCUGGACGAGACCUCCACAAAAACCAAAAUGGCCUCCUGUAUCAUCAAGAGUGUCCUGUCAAAGAAGAUGCAGUGUGAGCUGAAUCUACAAAACAAAACUGAAGUGAACGAAGGAGCCUUCGCACCUCUAGAGGUCCAGAAUAACGGUAAGAACUGUCACCAGAGCCCUCUGGCAGCCAAAGAGAUCAGCACAACUGAUAUGAGCUCUGUUGAUUCACAUAGACAGAGUCACUCUAUCCAAUACCAUCAGGUUGCGAACGCUAAAACACACCAAAAGUCGCUUUACAAACAGAACUCCGUUUCACUCGUGAGCAGCUUUGGAGGGUCUGAGUUUCAGAGCACCAGCACUAAGAGGGCUGAAAUAGCCUCCACUCUGGAAAGUGAGGAAAUAGAAAGGCAAAACCCCAGGGAUGGGGCUCUGCCGUACGCUAACCGGAGCCCAGGGGACAGACUAUCUUGUGACUCAGCAAAGGGCAAAACGCAGAGCACAUGUGCUGGUUCAAGCAGAUCUGGAGGCAAACAGGCUCCGGUGAAAAACACACCAGAGGAAUGCAACAGGGGGCAAGGGGUCCAUAAACAACAGAACCCCCUGCCUAAGGGGCUACAGAGGACUGAUACACUCUGGGGCAGUCAAGUCAGUCAGCAGCCACUAAUUCCUGAAGGUGUGUCAGGAAAGGCAAUAGAGACGGGGGACAGUGGAGAAGUCAAGUUUGUGGGACAGUCUGGGAACAUGGGGACACAGGAGAUAUUUAAAGCCAAGGCCCCAGUACAUGUGGUGAGGGAUGUGAGGAGGCUGGUGAAAAAUACCUACAACCUGUCUUUCAAAAACGCAGCGGACACCAUUUUGGGAAAAGAGGACAGUCUCCUGUCCUUCUAUCAGCAGUCUGUGUAUGACCAGGUCAGCAACAGAGAGGCCUGCGGGGUCAGAGCACCCGGGCCUAAUGAAAAGCUAUUAGUGAAGAAAGUGUUCCCAUCGGCACCUUUGAAGGCCGUGGAUACAGCUUCACUUUACACCACCCCCAAGGGAUAUGUAACCAAAGCCACAGCUCUCCAUGAAUCACAAGACAGAAUUCCUAACACUGGAUUUACAAAUAUCACACCCCAAAGCCUUGCAAAAUCUAUUGAGAAAAGAGGCAGCCGACCCAAUAUCAACCAGUCUGAUAACCUGAGUAGUAAUGCCAAUGCAAGUUCAAAAGAGAUGCUUCGGCAGACCUGGUCUUCAGUGGAGCCCCCCAGUAAGUCUAAUCAGCAAUGGUGUGAAAGAACAGGCACCACCAAUGAGAAACAGAAAUCCCCACAAGCAACUGCCACAAAUAGUUUUACUUUAGUUCCAACAUAUUACUCAUCAGCAGCACACGUGUACCAGCCAGAACAGUAUCAGCCCUCAGUUACAACGUGUUCCAGUGCCAAGGAUAGCAGCCAAAACCAUGGCCCUCCUCCCAGAUCCCAGGGUCAAACUACACUCACUUGCACACCUUCCCCUGCCUGUGUACAGCUCAACACCACUGGGACUCCACAGCCACUGAUGUCUCCCUUCUUCCAUACACCAAACCCCAUGAACUACCAGACAAUUCAAACCCACGUUGGAAAGAUGACUUUAAUACAGGCCCCUGUCCUGAUGCAGCCUCCCCCUCAAAACCAGCCAGCCCAACUGCUGAGGGGAGAAGAAUUCUCACCCCCACAGCCAGCAGGGAAUGGAGAAAACAAAAUGCCCUCCCCAGACACACAACAACAGCAGUACCUGUGCAGCACACAGGGUUUCAUGGGCCCAUUCAGCACAGAGUACAGGCAGGGCAGUGCAGGCUUAGCAUAUCCUGAGAUGGCUGGAGGUCAGGUUUACGGACAGGGACCCCGACACAUGCUGAUGGACCCGGAGACGGGGAGAUGUUUCUACAUCGACGUUCCCCAACUUCCACCUCAGCGCAAGAUGCUGUUUGAUCCAGAGACCUGCCAGUACGUGGAAGUGCUGCUGCCCCAGCAGACGGUGCCUACAGCAGUCCUGCCACCAGCGUGUGCCAUGCCCUACCACUCAAUGCAAUUCCCAGGCAUGUACCCUCCCAAGUGCUUCUCUGUUCAGGCUCAUCCACAGGAGAUGCCUCACACCUGGCUGUAAGACUGCUGCCUACCGGACUGCAACAGCUUAACACUACGAUGGGACUGUACACUGCACUGUCCAGGGGGUAAGGACUGAGGGAAAGCCGCACAAGGCCACCCAGAGAUGGAUCAGAGUGUCUUACAUACUGUCAGGUUGAGUAAAACUUGGGUAUCAAUAAUAGUGAUGAAAAUCAGUGUCUCAUCUCGGAUUCACCUGAAUCCGAAAAUUCCUGACACAAUACCCAUAAAGAUGAUGACUACCGGGACUUCACGUUGUCAGAUAUUUGUGUGAGAGAGCAGAGGGCUGCUAAGGUAUGCAAUGUUUUCCAUAACGAAAAUGCAUACAGUGUAUUUACCUGUGGUUCUCUGAACCCUCCUCUUCCCUCCCUAUUGAAACUGUGUCUUUCUGGGCAGAUGCUUGAUGAUCUUUUACUGUAACUAAAAUGGCAUGUCAUCUAAUUUUCUAACAUAAACAUUUUUUUUGUGAUGAUGUUUGCCAUGUCUAGUUGUGUAAUAUAGAUAAAACAACACUUUCUUAAAACACAAAUUUUCUUUUGCAAUUUUCAAAGGAGAAAUUAAGAUUUGAGUGGGUGCUAUUUUUUAUUUUAUUUUGUAAGCUUUUGUUGUCUUUUACAUCUCACCAUUGUUUACUUGAGGAGAGUGGCCUGAACAAGCCGAGAGGGCAGCUGUCUUCAGAUUAAAAACGCAUCACCAGGGGCAGACUGCAAUGGCCAUUAUUGACAGAGGCCCUGGCAGACAAGGGUUUUGGGUGUAAUAUGGAACGGAAAUUCAAUUCAACAUCUUUCAUCAUGUCACAGUGAAAUCAAUACUGAACAGCCAUAAAAACUCUGAUCCUGUACUUCCUUGAUAGAUCAAUAGACCCUAGCCUCUUGGCCUGCACUUUUUUUCUUCCAAUCUGUGCAGUGUUGUUGUUCAGUCUCGCUCAGCUAAUACAGUACAAUUACCAUGUUGACUUGACUUAGAAGCAUGUGGGUUUUCUUUCUUACAGCACUUUUUGGUCAGAUUGUAAAUAUGUUAAUCGACGGCUCUCCUCUCACUAAUCUUGUUUUAACAUUUUAUUGUAACACUUAAUAAUGUAAACAAACAUUUAACGUAGUCAAAAAAAUAGGAAUGUUUUAAUAUAUUACACUUUCAUUUUAUAUCAUUUUUUGCUUUACCUCCGAUUGAGUUCAGAUCAUUAGAAGAGAGAGACACUAUCAUUACUUGUUCAUUUUGUACACAAGAAAGACUUAAUAAAAUACAAAAAAACAC